CACUGGUAAAAGAAUCUCUGUGAAGCAAGGAAAAAGUGAAAUCAACAGAAUGGUCUUAAUACUCUAUGGAACCGAGACAAGUCCCCCCGUACGGGCUGUUCUCUUGACUUUACGUGCAAUGCAGCUGGAUUAUACCUUUCAUCAGUUAGACAUGCAGUCUGGUGAACAUUUGGAUCCGGCAUAUUUGCAGAAGAACCCCCAGCACACAAUACCCAUGUUGGAGGACGAUGGUGGCAAAUAUAUUUGGGACUCCCAUGCCAUUUGCGGUUACUUGGUUAAUCAAUAUGGACAACAGCCUGAUGGCGAUCUCUUGUAUCCCAAAGAGCCCCUGCAAAGGGCUGUAGUCGAUCAACGAUUGCACUUUGAAUCAGGCAUACUGUUCCACACCUGUUUCAAGCAAUUACAAAAGUUAGUCUUCAGGGAGAAUGUCACCGAGUUGCCCAAAGAGCAGAUAGUCGAACUUAAUGAGGCCUAUGCCCUGUUGGAGCAAUUUCUGAACGAUCAUUCAUUCAUGGCCGGUGAUCAUUUAACCAUAGCAGACUUCAGUCUAGUAUCCACAUUGUCCACUCUUCAUCUCAGCUACGCUCCCAUUCAGGCAUCAAAGUAUCCCAAAUUAUCAUCCUGGCUGGGCCGGCUCUCCGCUUUGCCGUACUACGAAGAGGCCAAUCUGCGAGGAGCUCGUCAAUUGGCUGACCGUGUAAGAGCCAAAUUGCCCAAGCAGUUUGAUAAACUUUGGCAGAAGGCUUUCGAGGAUAUCAAGAGUGGGGCGGGCAAGCAAUGAAUUGGAGAAGAAACUGACCACCUUGGUCCAUCAUCAUUACCAUCGUCAUUAUCAUAAUGAAAAACAUUCUAUGGCCCCAAAAAAAAAAAAAGAAAUCGACAGACGAGGCAAACAAGAAAACUCUAAAAAAAACUUUUUCCCUCAUUAAAAUUAUAAAAUUUUUGUUCUCGU